GCCAGCGAGGUGUGCCGAGAGAGAGAGAGAGCCGUACGUGCUCGAGUCGGAGGCGAGGUUUAAAUAUGAUAGUGCUCGGCAUUUGUGCUAAGCCGACGAAAGCAUCUGGGCGCUCUCGAGUGAGCACCAAGUGGAUAGGAUAAGCGCUGAGAAGAGCCGGGUCGUGUGUUGGGACUGUCAGGCACCAUGGCUGCAGCAGCAUUGAGUCUGGAUUCGAUCGGCAGCGAGGCGAACCUCGAAUCCUGUGAGCUGGAAGAGGCCUUCGAGAAACUGCAGGCUUCGCGGGAAGGACUGACGGGCGAGCAGGGAGCCGAGAGAUUGCAGAUCUUCGGGCCGAACAAGCUGUUCGAGGAGUCCGAGAGCAAAAUUCUCAAGUUCCUGGGGUUCAUGUGGAAUCCGCUGUCGUGGGUGAUGGAGUUCGCAGCCGUGAUGGCCAUCGCGCUGGCCAACGGAGGAGGCAGGCCGCCGGACUGGCAGGACUUCGUGGGCAUAGUCAUCCUGCUGAUCAUCAACUCGACCAUCAGCUUCGUCGAGGAGCACAACGCGGGCAACGCCGCCGCCGCCCUGAUGGCCAAGCUAGCGCCCACCGCUAAGGUGCUGCGCGACGGGAAGUGGCUCGAGGCGGAUGCGGCGGCGCUCGUGCCGGGAGACGUCAUCGCCAUCAAGCUGGGCGACAUCGUUCCUGCGGACGCCAGGCUGCUCGAGGGCGAUGCUCUGAAAAUCGACCAGUCCGCCCUCACGGGCGAGUCUCUCCCGACCACGAAGAGCACGGGGGACCUCGUGUACUCGGGAUCGACGUGCAAGCAGGGCGAAGUGCGCGCUCUGGUCACGGCCACGGGAAUUCACUCGUUCUUCGGCCGAGCUGCGCAUUUGGUAAGCAGCACGCAUCAGGAAGGUCAUUUCCAGAAAGUGCUCACGUCGAUAGGCAAUUUCUGCAUGGUUUCCAUCGCCAUCGGCAUGCUCAUCGAGAUUGUGGUCAUGUGGCCAAUUCAGAGACGAAGCUACCGGGAUGGCAUAGAUAACCUCCUGGUGCUGCUGAUCGGCGGCAUCCCGAUCGCCAUGCCCACUGUUCUGUCGGUGACGAUGGCCAUCGGCGCUCGGCGCUUGGCCUCGCAGGGCGCCAUCACCAAGCGCAUGACCGCCGUCGAGGAAUUGGCGGCCAUGAAUGUGCUGUGCAGCGACAAGACGGGCACUCUGACGCUCAACAAGCUCAGCGUCGACAAGAGCUUGGUCGAGGUCUUCCUGCCGGGGAUGGAUCGGGAGCACGUCCUGCUGCUGGCGGCGCGAGCGGCCAGGACCGAGAACCAGGACGCCAUCGACGCCACCGUCGUCGGCGCUCUGGCCGACCCGGAGCAGGCUCGCGCCGGCAUCCACGAGCUGCACUUUCUGCCCUUCAAUCCGGUCGAGAAGCGCACCGCCAUCACCUACAUCGACGAGCGCGACGGCAAGAUGUACCGCACCAGCAAGGGCGCCCCCGAGCAGAUCCUCGAGCUGGUGCACAACAAGGACCAAAUCGCGCCCCGCGUGCACGCAGUCAUCGAGAAAUUCGCCGAGCGCGGCCUACGAUCGCUGGCCGUGUCGUUCCAGGAGGUGCUGGAUGGCGACGAGGGCCCGUGGCACUUGUGCGGGAUGAUGCCCCUCUUCGAUCCGCCCCGCAGCGAUAGCGCCGAGACCAUCCGCAGGGCCGUGGCGCUGGGCAUCAGCGUGAAGAUGAUCACGGGCGACCAGCUCGCCAUCGGCAAGGAGACGGGGCGAAGGCUCGGGAUGGGCACCAACAUGUACCCUUCGUCGUCGCUGCUGGUGGCGGAAGAGGGCGACGGCAGCGCGAAGCAUUCCAAGCCCAAAGGAGGCCGAGCGUCGACGAAUUCCACCGUCCUGGUGGACGAGCUCAUCGAGCGCGCCGACGGAUUCGCAGGAGUAUUCCCCGAGCACAAGUACGAGAUCGUCAAGCGCCUGCAGGCGAGGAAGCACGUGGUGGGGAUGACGGGCGAUGGCGUGAACGAUGCUCCUGCGCUCAAGAAGGCCGACGUCGGCAUCGCGGUCGACGACGCCACCGACGCAGCUCGCGGUGCUGCCGACAUCGUGCUCACGGAGCCGGGGCUCGGAGUGAUCAUCAGCGCCGUCCUCACGAGCCGUGAAAUUUUUCAGCGGAUGAAGACGUACACGAUCUACGCCAUCUCCAUCACCAUCCGCAUCGUGCUGGGAUUCCUGCUCCUGGCGCUGAUUUGGAAGUUCGAUUUCUCGGCUUUCAUGGUUCUCGUGAUGGCAAUUCUAAACGACGGCACCAUCAUGACCAUCUCCAAGGACCGCGUCAAGGCCUCGCCCACUCCCGAUUGCUGGAUGCUGCGCGAGAUCUUCAUCACGGGCAUUGUCCUGGGCUCGUACCUCGCCGUCAUGACCGUGAUCUUCUUCUGGCUCGUACACGACACCGACAUCCUUUCACAGCUGCUGGGCGUCGACUCCAUCGCCGACGACCAUGGCCGCCUCGUCUCCGCCGUCUACUUGCAGGUGAGCAUCGUGAGCCAGGCGCUCAUCUUCGUCACUCGCGCCCGCCGAUGGUCGUUCGUCGAGCGCCCGGGCUUUCUGCUGGUCGUCGCCUUCGUCAUCGCCCAGACCGUGGCCACCUUUCUGGCCGUGUACGCCGAGUGGAGCUUCGCUCGCGUCGCCCCGCUCGGCUGGGACUGGGCCGGCAUCGUCUGGGUCUACAGCAUUGUCUCCUACUUGCCCCUCGACGCCAUCAAGUGCACCAUUCGUCAAGCACUCAGCAGAUCGAGCCGAGGUGCGUCCGUCUCCUCAUAGCCAAUGAAUUCCUCGAGCCCCGAGCCUUCGUCUCGAAGUUCCCGACGACAUUCCUUCCAUGAAAUGUGCUCGACGACGCGGAGAUCAUAUUUCAUGCACUCCUCGUAAAUAACUCCGAAGCGAGUAAGUUCUCUGUACAUAUCUGAAGACAGACACAUACUAGUUGCAAGAUUACUGGAAGAAUUGGCAGACACUCUGGAAUCGGGAUUCAGUGAAUCCAAUUGUCUUCUACGUCCCGCCACGAGAUUUGUUGACGCUGAGCUUGGCUCUCGGACGACGAGAGAUUCGACACUUUAAAGAGCUAUGGUGACAUUUCGGAGGUUGCCAUGUUCUGUACAAUCGAAAUUCCGUUCUGACCAGGAUCGAUGGUCUUCGAUCGUUGGUUCCGUAGAAGAGUAGUCGUUCUACUAAGAAUUCAUAGUCCUCACUUGUUGUAAUAUGCCUCUAUUCCCUUCGCCUGGGUCCAAGAGGGUGAAGUAAUAUACGUAAUUUCUCGCCUCAGACAUCAACUGCACUGGUCCCCCGUCUGCUCAGCAUGUGCAGCAGACAGUAUAAAUUAAUCUGCAC